CGCAGCUCGAGAAAGAAGAGUGGCAUGAUUUUAUUUUCUUUAUAUGUUCUGCAGGUUUUGACAUGAUUCUGUGACGUUCGUCGAUUUCAUUUAUGAGUCGUCUGUUGUAUAGUAGCCGCUGAUCCGAAACGAGUGUGUUCGAGGAUUCCAAGCGAAGUUUGGAACCGCGAAACCGGAGGAUUUCUGCUUCUGUUCCGUUCCGUUGAGGUUUAAGCCGCAUGUCGUUGGUCGUCUGCGAAUACGUUGCUGAAACAUUGUACAUAUAGAUGAAAGCCUGGGUACGUUGUUGUCGGGUUGUAUGGUCCCGUGGUGGGAAUGGACGUAACACUUGGUGGCUUCUUUCGAUAUGUUGAACGUGUUUGGUCUUCCUUUUCAACGGUGUGGUCUGUUUGGAGGGUGACAGGAGGACGCCGGGGAAUCUGUAGGAGAAAGGUCGUACAGACGUGGCGAUGUGGAUUACCGCCUCUCCUUCUACUCGUUGAAACGUUGGAUUCGUGGCGGAGGGAGGCGUUUUUCUAGGGAUCUCUUUGACUAUGGUCGCGAGUUCAUUGCCGCUCGCCUUGGAUUGGUUUCUUGCUACUUGGAUUGGUUUCUUGCUAUGGUGCUCGGGUAUUAAGGUCUUGACGGUUUCGUGAAGUCUCUUGCUGUGCUGCUCCGGUUGACGGUUUCGUGAAGUCUCUUUCUGUGCUGCUCCGGUUGUUGGUUUCGUGAAGUUUGCUCUUACAGUAUGUGAAGGUCUGACGGUUUGCUCUUAUGUGGAGGUUAUGACAGUUUCGUGCAUUAUUUGUUCCCGCGAUGGUCCUGUAGUCGUGAGUGCGCAUCUGGCUUUUGGUGCUCUCCUUUGAAAAGGGAGAAAGGAUCGUUCGUUGCUAGGUAUUGACGAUCAUGUGAGGUGUAAUGAUCGCUCCCAGUGAAGACGGAGAUGUAAUGCGGGAGAGCGUUUGAUGAUACAGCUUCUGCGCGCUGACUUGAAUUUUGUCGUGGUGUAUCGUUAAAUGGGUGUCCAUAGCACAGCGAUUUGUCUGUUGAGAGGUGACUUCGCUUGUCAGGUGGUCGUGGGGGAGGAUAAUUCAUCUGGUGUGUUUUUUGAACUUCGUUACGUGGGAGAACCAGUUUAUGGUUCUAGUGCUUCACGAUCAGAUUGAGGAUCGAGCUUGAAGUCUUGAUUCGUUCCAUGGGAAUGAGGUCGAAGUCGGAAUCGCGUAUGGUGAAGGUGAACGAGAGUACAUUGAGAGCGGUAGUUUGUAUGUGUCGUCCUUUCCGUCGUCGCGGCGGAGAAUUUAUAACCUCGCGGAGUAGUGGGUGUGUUCGGACCGUGGUUGUUUUGAACGAGAAGACUUGUCUCACCCUCGGUGUUGUCAUGUGGGGGGAAUGUGUAGUGCUGCAGCCUGUGAGUGAGAUGGGACAUGCAGCGAAAAGUAUUAGUGAUAACGUCUUGGAGAUCACGCGGUUAUUACAUGUUGCGGCAAGUUUUGUGUCAGUGUGGGCUUGUUGUUUAGUUCUUGGAAGGCGUCCGUACUGUGCAGCGAAACACCAUCUUGUGGGCGGCAUAUGAAAAGGUUACUGUUGUGUUUGGCCAAGCAAGCGGGUGGUUGUCAUAUGUAACUGUAGCCACGCACUGUGGGUGUCACACGUCGGUGAAUUACCACAUGGGUCGUCGGGAUUCUCAUCCGGAUUGCAUUUCGAGGUUACUGCUUGGGAGUGUUAUGACUCGUGAGUUUCUCUGCGUAGUAAAAGCACUCGAUGGGCGUGUGUUUCUCACGAAUUGAUCUGCCUGCGAGUUGAGUAAAGCAAAUGCGGUGUUGAAAAAUGUUCGGAGUGGAUGUUGGCUGGUUGCUGUCUUGGGGGACGGUUUAAUGGGUUGUUGUCGUGGUAUAUUGGACAUGCUCGUGCUUUUUAGGAACAUGUUCCUUGUCUCUGGGAAUGUGGAUCUGGCUUGAGCUCGAAUGGUUGCUGUCGUGAUUUCUGAAUACGCAUCGACGAAGAGAAGGGUGUAUGUCGUCGUUGAAUCAUUUGUCUGUUGCCUGGACGUUUGUAUUGUGUGUUAUCGCGAAGCGUGCGUAAGUGAUGGGGGCGAGAAUUACACAUUGGUUAGGAGAGGUUUAAGUUUGUGAUAUGCCUGAAUGAUGACGUGUCAACGGGACGCCGUUGAUUCCGAGUUGAUGUUCGAUGCACGCAGCAAUCCUGCGUGCGGGGUUCGGGUAUCGGAAGUGUUGUUGGGCUAUUGAAUGCGUUUGGGAGUGCUUCAUAAGUACCGAGAGGUUACGUCGUCGUUUCGCCGAGUGUCUUGGGUUUAAGACUGGCAAACGAUCGUAGUAGUAUUGGGAAAUUUGUGGUUGUCUGGUGGAUGAUUCAUUGUGACACUGAGCUCCUGUAAGCUGUGAAAUUGGACGUGUAGUGGCCUUUAUGCGUGUCAUUGAUUUACUGUGAUUCUGAGCUCCUGUAAGCAGUGAAAUUGGACGUUGACUGACCCUUGUUCGUGACAUCGGUUCGCUUUGCUGGCAAAUGUGAUACUGAACUCCUGUAAGCUGUGAAAUGGGAUGUUGUGUCAUCGGUUCGCUUCGCUGGCAAAUGUGAUACUGAACUCCUGUAAGCUGUGAAAUGGGACGUUGACUGGCCCUUACGCGCGUUCUGAAUCAAUGGCGAGUCACAAGUCUGUGGUCGGUUGGGGUCCUGGGGUAUCGAAAUUGUGUGACAUGUUUAUCAUCGUGGAAAGUUUGUGACAGCGAGUGCCUGUGCAUCGUAAUAUGGUGAGGCGGGAGGUUGACUGGCCCCUAUGCGUGUCUUCUUUUUGUACUGGGAGUCUGCCAGUUGGUCGGUCGUCUGGUGGAUUGUUCGUUGUGACGCUGAGCACCUGUGCGCUGUGAAAUCGUUGUCGACUGGUAUUACUAUUGAGCGGGAAGUGGUUUUUGUAAUGCAGACUGCACGGCCCGUCGUCUGGUGCAUGGUUCCUUAUGAGACUGAUGAUGCACUUUGAAAUGGGAGGAUUGUUGGUAAGCCCUCGAUACAUGGCAGUGGACGAGGAGGCCUGUCCGCUGCCAAAUGCGAGGUUGACGAGUGUACUUCGGUGUUGUUUACUUGAUUGAAUCUUACGGUCCUGGCAUCGGAUCUUGAUAGUGUGCUGGACGAUGUCGUGAAAUUGUGGCCAAUGGAUUUGCUGUGCUCUCCAGUGUCUCUAUUCAACAGUGGACUCCUGUUGUAUAAUAGUAUGCUGACUAAAUUGUCGUUAUUCUAUGACUAGAGGUGGGCUGUGGGAUCGGAUGGAGGGUUAUUGGAUGACUAGAGGAGGUUUGUGGUCUCGGAUGGGUUUCGUUCCCCCGCACGGGUAAGUUCCCUUUUAUCAUGGACAUGGUUGUACGAAAUCCAUUUCUCCCCCGCGUCCAGGUUUCUCAACGUUCCUGUCAAGUGCCGUUUCUCACUCCUGUGCCACCGGAUGUUGCACCAAGAUG